GUUGAAGUCAAAGAGACACUUGCAGUUUACUUUCUUAAGAAGAAACAUUUCCAAUUCUUCGUAUAACUCAAUCAGAGAUCAACAUGAAGCAUCAAGGCAGCUACUCUUCUUCUGGAUCCCUCAUGGUAGGCCACAGCUCUAGAGGCCAUUGUUCCUCUGGUAGUAUCUCUUCAUUUCAUCAUGGAAGCUCCAAUACACUUCACCAUAAGAGCUUCAGCUGCUCUAAUACUGGUGGUUCCUAUAAAUCAUCCAGCCACCUUGGAGGAAACACAAAACUAUCUAUCAGUUCAUCUGCUGGUCUUGCACAUGGAGGUGGAAGUGGCCAUGGUGGCCUUACAAGUCAUCUCAAGAGUUCUAACAACCACGCUCAUAACCUACUUCGUAUUAAUGAGAAAGAUACAAUGAAGGCUCUGAAUGAGCGUCUUGCCUCCUAUUUAGACAAGGUCCAUUCGCUGGAGCAGGAGAAUGCUGAGCUGGAAAGGAAGAUAUGUGAAUGGUAUGCAAACAAUGCCCCAAGCUCACUCCCUGACUCCAGUGAGUACUAUAGGACUAUUCAGGAGCUACAGAACCAGAUUUCUUCGGCGACAAUUAACAGUGGAAGGAUUGUCCUACAGAUAGAUAGCGCUCAACAAGCUUCAGAUGACUUCAGAAACAGGUGUGAGAUGGAGAUAAACACAAGGAACAAUGUGGAUGGAGAUACUGGUUCCUUGAGAAGAGUCUUACAACAAAUUAACAAUGAAGUGCAAACCUUAUCCGGAGGAGUCCAAAGUCUCCAGCAAGAACUUUUCCAGAUGAGGAACAACCAUUCAGGGGAAGUGGAUGGUCUGCGUGCUCAGCUUGGAACCAGAGUCAACGUAGAAAUGAAUGCUGCUCCAUCCAUCGACCUGAACAGAGCUCUAUCUGAGCUCAGAGAAGAAUAUGAAAACAUGAUGGAGAGGAACCUCAGGGAAGUCGAGGGCAUGUUCUUGGCAAGGAGUGCAGAACUGGACCGUGAGAUGUCUCUAGGAGCCGUACAAUUGCAGUCAGUUAAUAAUGAUAUCAUUGAUUCAAAGCGGUCUUUACAGACCCUGGAGAUUGAGUUGCAGAGCCAACUAAGUAUGAAAUCAGCUCUGGAGGGCACCUUAUCAGAGACGGAGGCAACGUUUGGUUCCCAGCUUUCCCAGUUACAAUGCAUGAUUGAUAACAUUGAAGGUCAGCUGACACAGAUCCGAUCUGACCUAGAACAACAGAAUCAUGAAUACCAAGUUCUCAUGGACCAGAAGACCCAUCUAGAGAUGGAAAUCAACACCUAUAGACAUCUGCUGGAUGGACAUGACAUUCAUAUUUCCAAUCAUACCAGUUCUGGAGCAUCCCAUGACAACAAGUGCAAGUAAUGGCCAUGUGCUUCUCAAUAAGCUCUUGAUGCCUCUCUAGAUAAAGAAUAACAUGAAUUGAAUCAUUAUGAAAUCCACUUCUCUGGAAUUAGCAAUCUGCCUUUUUUGUCUUUCUUUAAUUCCCUUUCCAUUCCUAAACUGA